UACCGCCAUAGGGAUACAAGAAUAUAGCAAAGAAAAUGUUGGCGAACCUGUACAAUGAAGCAUUCGUAUUUUGAUCGUUGAUACGCGUGCAUUGGAUGCGUGGUUAGUUGUCAAGCGAGGGAAGUGGAGAAAUGGCGGACGAGAACGAGGAUCAAUGGUUGUACGGUGAUUCAACGGACGGAAAAGAAUAUACACCGACGUCCGUUCAACCAGAAAACCAGGAAAAUGAUUCUAUCCCCGUUUCUGUACCAGAAAAAUCACAAAUUUCAGAAGAUCAGAAACCAGAAAGUACACCGGAGCCCCCAAUGGAGACAGCCGAGGAGGCUGAGCCACCGGAAGAAGAACCUUCCUCGACAAAUAAUAUUCAAAAUGAGAAUAGUACAGAGAUAAAUAAAAAUGGUAUGAGAGAAGUUUCCAGUCAAGAAGAUGGUGAAGCUGCCAGCGACUCCGAUUCCGAUGACGAUGUACACGUUGUCAUUGGUGAUAUUAAAUCAACUCCUGCUUAUGGUAGUCUUAAUAUCAAGAGAGGAGGAUUGCUUACGAAUGCAUCGGGUGUACCAGAUAAAUUGAAUAAGCAACCUGGAAAGUUUAGUAUAGAUGAAUUCGAAACAAUAGGUGUAAUUAAUGGUAUGCCUGCACAUGAGUUCAACUUAGAUCAACUAGAAGAUAAACCAUGGAGACAGCCUGGUGCAGACAUUACUGAUUAUUUUAAUUAUGGUUUCAAUGAGGAAACAUGGAGAGCUUACUGUGAGAGACAAAAAAGAAUGAGAAGCGAAUCAGGAGUAGGUUUAAUAUUGAAUGCAGGAGGAGGGGGUGGUAAUGCAGGCAGUAUGCGGGUACCGCAAGUGGCGAUUACCAAUGAUAAUAGCAAAUAUUCUGGUAUAAUGGGACCAAAGAGAGCAGGACCACCUCCAGGAAGAAAAAUGGCAGGAACAAUAGAUGUAAUUGGUAGCUCAGGUUUAGCCUCUAGAAGGAAUCUUGACAAAUCCCCACCUAAAGGGAAUGUGAUACAAGUGAUGACCGCAGACAGACGGGAAUAUUCUAGGAAACCAGGUUUCCCAGAUAUGAGUGUACCCCCUCCAGGAGCAGGAAUGCCUCCUGCAUUUGAUAUGCCACCUCCUGGGUAUCCUGGAGAACCUGCUCCCUUUUACAUGCCAGAAACAGAUCCAUACUAUCAAAGCUAUGAACCUACACAAGAUAAUCAAUGGGGUAAUGAUCCGACGUGGCAACCGACGAAUUUAGCUAUUCCAAUGACAGAAGGGGAGGAUGACAAAGACACUGGUCCAAAAACGAUACCAACCAUGGUACCUCCCACAAAUAUUCCGCCGUUAAUACCACCGAGAGACUCUCGGGAUCGCGAAAGAGACAGAGAAAGAGAACGAGAUCGCGACAGAGAAAUGGAUUCAAUGGGAAGAGAAAGAGAAAGAGAUAAAGAUAGAGAGCGCGAUCGUGAAAGGGAAAAGGAUUCCAUGAUUAGGGAACGGGAGAGGGAAAGGGAUUCCAUGUCGAGGGACGAAGAAAGAGAUCGUGAUAGGUCCCGAUCUCAGUAUCGACACAAAGACCGACAUCGACAUCGAUCGAGAUCACGGUCCCGUAGACACAAAUCCAGGUCUAGAAGUCCCAGUCGACGUAAGAAGAAAUCUAGACGCUCCGAGAGAGAACGUUCUAAAGAAGAAAGCGAAUAAAAUUAAGGAAUCAUUUUACAAAUGCCUGUUGCCAUAUUGGCACAUUUAAGUUUAAAAUGCCGAAUCUUUUAUCGAUGUCAUUUUUCAUAUGUUACCAUCAAGAAUGUAUGUUGGUACCAGUAAUUGUGCAGUUAACAAGGAGUAUCUGUAACAAGUUACUCGAUGAGAUUAUCGCAUGAUUUUCUUCGAUAUUUGUUCAUAUGAAAUCUGCAUUUUCUAGCCAAGGAAUGAAUUAUAAACAGUAAACAAUAAACUCUUUAACGAUACGGAAAUUUCAUUGCUAUUUAAUACUAAUGUUAGGUAUAUGCCUAUAAUUAAGAUAUAGGCACGGGACAUGAAAUUCAUCGAAAUUUGCCAUUCAAUGUAUGGUUUUAUAUCAUAAUGUUAUUACAGAAAUGGUAUUUUAUAAUAAUUAAAAGUAAUAAUAGUUUAUUGGUAAAUCACUCAUGAGUGAGUCAGUUGAUCGAUGCUCGUGCCGUUUUACAGAAUCGGGACUCGCAUCGAUCGAUGCGCACACGUGUUGUUGUCUUUAAUUCAAUUAUACCACAAGUCUUUUUUUUGCAUCAAAUCCUCCCAUUUUCACUAUCAUUUAAUAUCAUCAUACGUAAUGGAAAAAAAUGUUACAUUUGUACAGCCAUCAUAUAUAUGUUACAUUUAGAAUACCGUUAAUUCAUUAUCCUUUUUACUCGAGUGUGUAUGUGUUAUGAGUGUAUGUAUUACGUGUAUACAGAAAGAUGUUACGUGUAUUUGAUGCAUCAGGUAUGCCUACUAAUGAGUAAAAUGCUAAUAGUCAAGACAAACUACCGGUACGGUUUACUACGUUUUUCUUCUCUUAGAAUAAUUUAGAAUUUCAAUUGCAAAUUUUAUAGUUUAAAUUUAUAUAUUAAAACAAGACUUUGUAAUACGCGUAAAAUUUUUCCGGUUGCCAUAACUGACAAUAUGUAAGGUAGGUAUGUAGGGUGUACGAAAUCCUGAGCUUUUUGAAUCUUAAAAUUCAAAUUUAUCUUUCGAUAUACGUAUGCUAUUAGGGUGCAUUUGAACUAUGUGAACUAUUUCAGUAAAAUUCAAGUAUAACUCAAUUGGAGGAUACAUGGGUUGAAGACAAUCAUUUAACAUAGACAAAGAUGUAGACUUGAAAAUGGUUUCUUUGACCUCAAAGGUGAAAUUGUACUUGUUGCUUUAGGAUCAAACGUAUUAAUAACCAAGGUAUUUAUUUACCAAACAAAAAUACUACUUACUGUUUUUUAUUAAUGUUCUGUUUGUAAUCGAACCAAUCUGAAGUUCAAGAUCUGGAGACUCGAGAUUCGCACACCUAUAAAGGUACGUAUUGCGUAUAAAAACAAAAAGUAAAGCAAUGAAAAGCAUACUUAUAAUCUCAUCUACUACGAUUCAGAGAUCUGACAUCUAUUCAAAAACUGAACAGAAUUAACAAUACUUUUUUCGAUAAAAAAAAAGAUAAAGCAUUGGAACUAAAGGGAACUAAGCUCGACCACAAACAGGAGAACAAUAUAGGCAAAAAAA